AUGAUGCCAUCCGCGCACGUCUACGGCCACCACCAGUUCAAUCCCCAGGCGGACUCGGCCUGGAUGCACCAGCAGGCGGGCCAUCACCAGCAACACGCACACCAAGCCGCCGCGGCCGCGGCUGCGGCUCAGCAGCAGCAGCAGGCUCAACAGGCCCAGCAGCAGGCUCAGCAACAGCAGCAGCAUCAGCAGCAACAGGCGGAUGGUGGACAUGACAAUAUUUCGGAGGACAACCGGCGGACGAUGGCGUAUAUUGCAGAUCUUUUGAGCGAGAACACUAGGGAGGCGGCUCUUCUAGAGCUUAGCAAGAAGAGAGAACAGGUGCCCGAAUUAGCUCUGAUAUUAUGGCACUCUUUCGGCGUCAUGACCUCUCUCCUGCAGGAAAUCAUCUCUGUAUACACACUCCUCAAUCCCUCGCAACUCACAGCGGCCGCAUCGAACCGAGUGUGCAAUGCACUGGCUCUCCUUCAGUGCGUGGCAUCGCACAACGACACGCGCACUCUGUUUCUGAAUGCGCACAUUCCUCUCUUCCUCUAUCCUUUCCUGAAUACGACGUCCAAGUCCCGACCGUUUGAGUAUCUCCGCCUGACAAGCCUAGGCGUCAUCGGGGCCCUAGUUAAGAACGACUCAUCCGAGGUGAUCAACUUCCUUCUCACAACCGAGAUUAUCCCGCUGUGCCUUCGCAUAAUGGAGACUGGAUCGGAGCUCAGCAAGACCGUUGCCAUCUUCAUUGUUCAGAAGAUACUGUUGGAUGACAAUGGCCUCAACUACAUUUGCGCCACGUACGAGCGAUUCUACGCGGUCGGCACUGUCCUGAGCAAUAUGGUUGCUCAGCUUGUCGAAUCCCAGACGGCUCGCCUGCUGAAGCAUGUAGUGAGAUGCUUCCUUCGAUUGAGCGACAAUGCCAGAGCGCGAGAAGCUCUCCGUCAAUGCCUUCCAGAACCCUUGAGAGACGCCACGUUCUCGUCUGUUCUCCGUGACGAUGCGGCCACUAAGAGAUGCCUCGCUCAGCUUCUGAUCAAUCUUUCCGACAACGUUGUGGACCCUAACUCUGCCGGUGUCUCUGCUCUAUAA